AUGAACAUUUCGCUGGAGUCUCUUCAGCUUCAGUCCGCUCAAUGGAGUGAACAGUUUCGGCCUCAGUCCACCCAAUGGAUUGUUGCCGCGCUAAUCGUCUUGGGCUGCAUUUACAGCUAUGCUUCGUCUUCCAAGAUCCCCCAGAUUAACGGCAAAGGCUUCUUUGAGUUCUCUAACAAGAGAGCCAUAAAACUAUACCAAUUCAAUGCAACAAACCUGAUAGGGGGCUGGUUUCGCGACCACCCGAAUACGCCCGGCAUGCUAAACACAGAAUUUGGAUCCAUGGUCAUUCUGCCUGGGUCCAUGGCAGAAGAGCUCCGAAACGACGAGAGAUUCAAUCUCCGAAAGCAACUCGCAAAGAGUUUCCCUUCUCAUUUAGCAGGAUUUGAAAUUUUCCGUGAUGACAUAAAUAAUGAGCUUGUGAGGACCGUCAUCAUAAAACAUUUCAAUAAACAGCUCGUUAAAAUUACAAAACCUCUCGCCGAAGAAACCACCCUGGCACUGGCGGAUCUUUUUACAGACGAGACAGAAUGGCACGACGUACCGCUUCAAGCGACAGUUCUACAGCUGGUUUCUAGAAUGUCGUCUCGAGUUUUUCUCGGUCCUGAGCUUUGUAGUAAUAAAGAGUGGCUACGCCUUACCGGAGGUUACGCCAACGUUAUUACCAAAGCAUUCCAAGGCCUUCAACGUUGGCCAACCUGGAUGCGGUACAUUGUAAACAUCUUUGACGCAAAUUGCCGAACAGCCCGUGGAUACAUGGCUGAUAUACGCAAACUAUUACGAACUAUUCUUGUCGAACGUCAAAGAGUAAAAGCAGAGGCCAUUGCCAAGGGGAAGCCAGCACCUGAAUACAAUGAUGCGAUUGAAUGGGUCGCGCAAGAGAGCAAUGGACAAAAAUACGACCCAGAGCUCAUCCAGCUUAGUAUGGCGACGUUCUCCGUUCAUACAACAACUGACCUCAUGACACAUGUGCUGGCCGACCUUGCUUUGCAUCCAGAAAUCAUUCAGCCACUGAGAGAGGAGGCCAUAUCCGUACUCAAAGAGAGCGGGUGGAAAAAGGCAUCCCUUGACCAGAUGGUGUUGUUGGACAGCGUCAUCAAGGAGAGUCAGCGAAUGAAACCGUUUACUACCGUUUCAAUGAGCCGCUUGGCAACGCAACGAAUUGUUCUCUCUGACGGCACUGUCAUUCCGAAGGGCAUGGUCACAGCUGUUGACGCAAGUUCAAUGUGGGAUCCCAAACUCCACGACAGUCCAGACAAGUGGGAUCCCUACCGAUUCUACAACUUACGCAAGGGCACCAAGGAGCAGCAGAAGUACGCCACAUUUGUCUCAACAGCACCAGAGCAUCUUGCAUUCGGCUAUGGCAAAUUUGCAUGCCCUGGAAGGUUCUUUACAGCGAAUGAGUUGAAGAUUGCCUUGAUCAAUAUUCUUCUCAAGUAUGACAUCAAGUUUCAAGAUGGCGUCACGCCCAGGUUUAUACGCUAUGGGAUUCAAGGCAUCACAGAUAUGACUGUCAAGUUGAGUAUCCGACGGCGGAAAGAAGAGAUACCUGUGUAA